GGGGAAGCCGCGGGAGCGCUGGGCCAGGGGAGCGCACGAGCCUCCGCCGCCGCGUCACGGACCCGCCCGCUCUCCCGGCCCCUCCCCGCGCUCCGUUCCCGGCUCUCCCGUCCCCCGCCCCCUCCCCCGCGAGCGAGCGAGCGGUGACUUAAGCAACGGAGCGCAGCGAAGCCCAUUUUUCUCCCAGCUCGCACCCGCGCCGGGCAGCUCGUGGCGCGGCGCCUCCGCUCCGGCCCGAGAUGAAUGCUGCCGCAGAAGCCGAGUUCAACAUCCUGCUGGCCACCGACUCGUACAAGGUUACUCACUAUAAACAAUACCCACCCAACACAAGCAAAGUUUAUUCGUACUUUGAAUGCCGCGAAAAGAAGACAGAAAACUCCAAAGUAAGGAAGGUGAAAUACGAGGAAACAGUAUUUUAUGGGUUGCAGUACAUUCUUAAUAAGUACUUAAAAGGUAAAGUAGUGACCAAAGAGAAAAUCCAGGAGGCCAAAGAAGUAUACAAAGAGCAUUUCCAAGAUGAUGUCUUUAAUGAAAGAGGAUGGAACUACAUUCUUGAGAAAUAUGAUGGUCAUCUCCCAAUUGAAGUAAAGGCUGUUCCUGAGGGCUCAGUCAUCCCCAGAGGGAACGUGCUGUUCACAGUGGAAAAUACCGACCCAGAGUGCUACUGGCUUACCAACUGGAUUGAGACUAUUCUCGUUCAGUCCUGGUAUCCAAUUACAGUGGCCACAAAUUCAAGAGAGCAGAAGAAAAUACUGGCCAAAUAUUUGUUAGAAACUUCUGGUAACUUAGAUGGUCUGGAAUAUAAGUUACAUGACUUCGGGUACAGAGGAGUCUCUUCACAAGAGACUGCUGGCAUAGGGGCAUCUGCUCAUUUGGUUAAUUUCAAAGGAACAGAUACAGUGGCGGGAAUUGCUCUAAUUAAAAAGUACUACGGAACAAAAGAUCCUGUUCCAGGCUAUUCUGUUCCAGCAGCAGAGCACAGUACCAUAACAGCUUGGGGAAAAGACCAUGAAAAAGAUGCUUUUGAACAUAUAGUAACACAGUUCUCAUCAGUGCCUGUGUCUGUGGUCAGCGACAGCUAUGACAUCUAUAAUGCGUGUGAGAAAAUAUGGGGUGAAGACCUGAGACAUCUAAUAGUGUCGAGAAGUACAGAGGCUCCACUCAUCAUCAGACCUGAUUCUGGAAAUCCACUUGACACUGUGUUGAAGGUCUUAGAUAUUUUAGGCAAGAAGUUUCCUGUUACUGAGAACUCAAAGGGCUACAAAUUGCUGCCACCUUAUCUCAGAGUCAUUCAAGGAGAUGGAGUGGAUAUCAACACUUUACAAGAGAUUGUAGAGGGAAUGAAACAAAAAAAAUGGAGUAUUGAGAAUGUUGCCUUUGGUUCUGGCGGAGCUUUGCUGCAGAAGUUAACGAGAGACCUCUUGAAUUGCUCCUUCAAGUGUAGCUAUGUUGUAACAAAUGGCCUUGGGGUUAAUGUCUUUAAGGACCCAGUUGCUGAUCCCAACAAAAGGUCAAAAAAGGGCCGGUUAUCUCUACAUAGGACACCAGCAGGGAACUUUGUUACACUUGAGGAAGGAAAAGGAGACCUUGAGGAAUAUGGCCACGAUCUUCUUCAUACGGUUUUCAAGAAUGGAAAGGUGACAAAAAGCUAUUCAUUUGAUGAAGUCAGAAAAAAUGCACAGCUGAAUAUCGAACAGGAUGUGGCGCCUCAUUAGGCUGUAUUUGGCCUGGUUGUUAUGUGUGCAGUGUGUGUAGACAUACAUGCACGGAUGUGUGUGUGUGUGGGUGUGUGUGUGGGUGUGUAAUAACAUGUUCAUUGUACAGAUGUGUGGAUUUGUGUUUAUGAUACAUUGCAGCCAGAUUAUUUGUUGGUUUAUGGACAUACUGCCCUUUUUAUUUUCUUUUUCUCAGUGUUUAGAUGAUCUCAAAUUAGAAAAUACUUAUAACCAUGUACAAGAUUAAUGCUAAAGUAAGCUUUUUAGGGCCCUUUGCUAAUAGAUAGUAAUCUGGUGUUGAUCUUUUCACAAAUAACAGAACCAAGAAACUUUUAUAUAUAACUACAGAUCACAUAAAACAGAUUUGCAUAAAAUUACCAUGACUGCUUUAUGUUUAUAUUUAACUUGUAUUUUUGUACAAACGAGAUUGUGUAAGAUAUAUUUAAAGUUUCAGUGAUUUAACAGUCUGUUUCCAACUUUUCAUGAUUUUUAUGAGCACAGACUUUCAAGAAAAUACUUGAAAAUAAAUUACAUUGCCUUUUGUCCAUUAAUCAGCAAAUAAAACAUGGCCUUAACAAAGUUGUUUGUGUUGUUGUACAUUUGGAAAUUAUGUCAGGACAUAUACCCAACAGAAUUACUAAUCUCACUGCCCUUGUAGAAUAUGCAUUGGUCAUUCUACAUUGAAGAGAAUAAUGGUUCUUCUUCCUCGAAUGUCUAGGCAUUGUACAGUUCUAGAUCUUGAUCAUUGUAUUGUACCAGUGAUGCCAAAUUCAAAAGGCCUGUUCUGCAAUUUUAUAUGUCAGAUAUUGCCUGUGGCUCUAAUAUGCACCUCAAGAUUUUAAGAAGAUAAUGUUUUUAGAGAGAAUUUCUGCUUCCACUAUAGAAUAUAUACAUAAAUGUAAAAUAUUAAAAGUGGAAGUAGUGUAUUUUAAAGUAAUUACACUUCUGAAUUUAUUUUUCAUAUUCUAUAGUUGGUAUGACUUAAAUGAAUUGCUGGAGUGGGUAGUGAGUGUACUUAUUUUAAAUGUUUUGAUUCUGUUAUAUUUUCAUUAAGUUUUUAAAAAAAUUAAAUUGGAUAUUAAACUGUAUGGACAUCAUUUAUUAAUUUUAAAUUAAACCCUCAGUAACUAAUGCUUAAGCAAUUUCUUGAUGUUAUCCCUAAUGGAAAGCAUAAUCCUUAAUAGAGUUUUACUUAAUUCAGAGAUUUAGCUAAAUUUAAAAUAUUCAUCAUCAAAAUGUUUGUAGUGGUUUACUGCUAGAUAUCCUGAGUCAGUCAUUGCACACAACAAGACACUAGUCCCUUGAAGGUGACUUCUGGGUCUAAGGCAGUGUUGGCCAGCUUCCCCUGAAGGCCAGCUUCCCACUGCUCCUUCAUUUGUAAUUACACACUAUCUAAGGCUGCUUCCCACCUCACUGGCAAGAGUUGAGUAUUUGCAGUAGAGACAAACAGUCCUCAGAGCCUGGAGUGUUCACCUCUGUUCACUAAACACACAAAGAAAGCUGACUAGCCUGUGUCAGCUUCUAAGAAAAGGAGCUUGCCUGUGCACUUCAGAGAGAUGCUGGCUUUUCUGGGAAGGGGGAAGUUGAAUUUUUAUGAAGUUUCUCUAGUUCUUUCUCAUUUGAGAAUCUGAUACUAGAAACCCGAUUUAGAAAAGUUUUAACAGCUUCCUAUUAAGGUGAAAUUUUAAAAGCCAUAAAUCAUCAAAACGGUUACAUGAGAAAGCAUAUCAAUAAUCUAAUGAGAUAAAUUAGAAGUUUUUGCAAGUGAUCCUAAAACUCAGGAGAACAGUAAGCAUUAUGCACUUUCAGCAAUCCUUCUCCUUGUCCAUGGUAGAAAAUAAAAAAUGAUUUUAACAUGACCUACAACAAAAAACUACCCUAAAUUGUCUGGGAGUGCUGUGCUACACGCCUGUAAUCUAUCAUUGGUCCCACACUGCAAUCGUUUUUGUGUCACAUGAAUUCUACCAGCACAACAUACCGGUUUUGUCUUGAAACUUGUAAUAAAAGCUACUGGUCUCCA